GGGUGAAAGGUUUUCUCGCUCUAGGGAGAUUCUUCAAGCAAUCACUAUGUCAACAGACACAGGUGUUUCCCUUCCUUCAUAUGAGGAAGAUCAGGGAUCCAAACUUACUCGAAAAACUAAAGAGGCACCAUUCGUACCUGUUGGAGCAGCAGGUUUUGCAGCAAUUGUUGUAUAUGGAUUAUACAAACUGAAGAGCAAGGGAAACACUCAAAUGUCCAUUCAUCUGAUCCACAUGCGUGUGGCAACCCAAGGCUUUGUUGUAGGAGCAAUGACUGUUGGUAUGGGCUACUUCAUGUAUCGGGAAUUCUAGGCAAAACCUAAGCCUUAGAAGAAGAGAUGCUGUCUUAGUCUUGUUAGAGGAGCUUGCUUUAGUUAGACGUCUCAUUAUUGAAGUUACCUAUUAUUGUUGGAAAUAAACUAAUUUGUAUGGGUUUAGAUGGUAACAUGGCAUUUUGAAUAUUGGCUUCCUUUCUUGCAGGCUUGAUUUGCCUGGUGACCGAAUUACUAGUGACUAGUUUACCAACUAGGUCAUUCAAGGAAGUCAAGUUAACUUAAACAUGUCACCUAAAUGCACUUGAUGGUGUUGAAAUGUCCACCUUCUUAAAUUUUUAAGAUGAACUUAGUUCUGAAGAAGAUAACAGGCCAAUCCUGAAGGUACUCCCAGUUUGCUGCAGAAUCUCACAUAUUUUGGAGUUGUAUAAGAGUCCUAUUUGCCCCAGUUAAUUCAACUUUUGUCUGCCUGUUCUGUGGACUGGCUGGCUCUGUUAGAACUCUGUCCAAAAAGUGCAUGGAAUAUAACUUGUAAAGCUUCCCACAAUUGACAAUAUAUGUGCAUGUGUUUAAGCCAAAUCCAGAAAGCUUAAACAAUAGAG